AUGCCGAAGGUCCUCAAGAAGAAGAAAGGUGCCAAGAAGGCAAUCAAGCCACAAGAAAAGAAGAAGGCCAGCAAAGCAGCUGAUGACGAUGACGAUGACGAUGAGGUCGAAGAUCAGCCGCCGACCAAAGGCAAGCCAAGGGCUAACACAAAGACUAAGACGGCGGUCGUUGCAGCCAAGUCAGCUGUUGAUAGCGACGAUGACGACGAGGACGACGACGAACCGCCUCCAAAAGCCGCCCCAAAAGCCGUGAAAGGCAAGGGAAAGGCCGCUGCGAAAAAGGCCCUGGAGGAGGACGAUGACGACGAUGACGACGAUGACGAUGACGACGAGGAGGAAGAGCCAGCGCCCAAGGCGAUCGCCAAAUCGACCAAAGGAGUUCAAAAAGCUACAACCACGCCUUCUAAGCAAGUCCCUGAUGAAGAUGAUGAAGAUGAUGAAGAUGACGGAGAGGAAGAAGAGGAAGAGGACGAUGAGGAGGAACCACCGCUCAAAAAGAAGCGCGUCGACCAGGAAGGUGAAGGAGCUGUGACCAAAGUCUUUGUGGGCGGCAUUCCGUGGAACGUCUCCGACAAGCAGCUGCGGAAAGAUUUCGAAGAAUGCGGCGAGAUUGAGGACAUUGCACUGCCAGCAAAAGUGGCUUUCAUUACCUUCAAGACGAAGGCUGGCGCCAACAAGGCCUUGGAGUUCGACGGCGACGAAUAUGGUGGAAAUACUCUCAAGGUCAACAUUGCGACGGACAAGGGCAAAGGCAAGGAGAAGGGCCAGGGCAAAGGAAAGGAUGGAGGAUCGCUGUGCGCAUAG